AAUGUGAUGAAAAAUCUAUUUUCAACGAUAGAAAAUGAGAAUAAUCUGUUAUCAUUUGAUCAUGUUGGACUUCCAAGAGAAUACAGCCAUAAUGUGUCAGACGAUACAUACUUUUACGUGACUAAAGCUGUGAUGUUACGAUUUAAGACAAAAACAAAACAAAAAAACUAACCAGAGUAAUGUAAUUUCGAGACCAAGUCCAAAUAAGAGAAUUAUCAGAAAGUUGUAAUAUUACAUGCAUAACUGUGCGCAGUGGCGUCGCUAGGCUGGGGCUUCAGCCCCCCCUAAAAUGUUCUUCAGCCCCCACCCCCCAAAAAAAGGACUUGGUUGUUUGUGGUUAGGCCAAUCUUAGCCCCUGCAAAAAAAAAAAUUCUCAAGCCCCCCAAAUGAUUUGUUUUUGUUGUUGUUGUUGUUGUUUUUUUGGGUUUUUUUUUUGAAAUCCUCAUAACUUUAUAACCGUUUUCUCGUACCCUUGCAUUUUUCCUCCCUUUCCCACGUGGCCUUAGGACUUCUUUGUCCUACUCAGUCAGUUGAAUUAACAUAAUGUAAAUAGUGGAAAUGUAUCAUUUUAUAGGAGCCUAAUGAGUAUUGAAUGAGGUCAGUGCCGCUGUUGAGGCAGGAAGUUGAUGCGGUUAGCCAAGCAGAACAAGGAGGGGAAGCGGCUCGCUUUUCUUUUUCUUUUUUUUUUUUCCUCCAGUUACUGUAUUCAUUGGACUGAAAUCCGCUGGAAAACGAAUGUGAAAGCAAAGAGCAUCUCGUCAGUCAGGAAUCGGCUUCCGACGCCAGCGUGAGCCAACUCGACGAUGGCGGUUGGCUCGCGUUUGGAUCCCGGGACGGGCCAGAAGGCGGGUGAGGCCCGGGGAUCGUCCCGGCCGGUCCUCCUGCUCGCGCUGGCGGUCAUCACCUCGUCCUCUCUGUCGGCGCUGUCCUUGUACCAGCUGGCGGUUCUCAGAGAGGAGGUCGAGGGCCUGAAGUCUGAGGCGUGUCGCAGGAGGGACGAAAGGCAGGAGGCCAAACAUGGAGAGCAGAAUAUUAGUGACGGGAGAGGCAGCCAGACAGAUUCGCAACACACAUUCAGCCUGAUGAGGAGGAGGAGGACGGUCUCUGGACCAGACGCAUCAGUUUCGCAGUCUUGUCUCCAGCUGUUGGCGAACAAGAGCAGGAAAAUCUUCAGGAAAGAUUUUGCCCUGGAGCCGUACACGGGCAUCCCCUGGCAGACUGGCCUGAGGAGAGGGUCUGCCCUGGAGGCGGUCGGAGACAACAUACUGAUCCGAGAGGAGGGCUUCUACUUUGUCUACAGUCAGGUCUAUUACAUGGACAGCAGGUUUGCAAUGGGCCACGUUGUGAUCCGCAGGAAGAGGACGGUGGUGGGCGACGAGGCUCAGCACGUGAUCCUGUUCCGCUGCAUCCAGAGCAUGGACAGCGUGUACCCUUACAACACGUGUUACACAGGAGGUGUCGUGAAGCUGGAGGUCGGUGACCAGUUGGAGCUGCUGAUCCCCAGGUCCGCUGCCAACGUGUCCCUGGAUGGAGACGCCACAUUCGUGGGCGCCGUCAAGCUGGUUUAAAGCCUGUCGCCUCACGCGAGAGCAGAGGGAGCUGUAUCCUGGCGACUUUCGAUGCUGGAAGAGACAAUUUUGCACUCCAUAAAUGACGGACUCCGACUAUUUCGCCGCAAACUACGACGGUGGCUCGUCUCUGAAAUAUAUUAUGUAUCUGUAUUGCGCCUAUCAUUAUUUACCAUUAAAAGUCAGAAGCUUUUUCUCUA